AUGCAGGCCCGUUUCCAACCACUCGACCACAUGGGCGACUCGUCUGGCUCGUCGGGCCGCCUCCAUGUGUCGCCUCACGGCGCGCACGUCGACCAGGUCGAGCGCAAAGUCGGCAAGGACUUUGUCGACUACGAGGAUGACGAGCACGAGUACGAGGCUCUUCCCUCUGGCUAUGGAUGGGGCGUCAACAUGGCCGCCGGUGCUAUGGCUGGUAUCUCCGAGCACGCUGCCAUCUUCCCCGUUGACUCGAUCAAGGUCCUCGCCCCCGCUCCCGUUGGCGGUCCCUCUGCCACCGUCGGCGCUGCCGUGCGGGCACCGCUGACGACGUUCUCGGAGCACUUCCGCUCCGUCCGAGUCGGAGAAGGCAUCAAGUCGCUGUGGCGCGGUGUUGCGUCUGUCAUUCUUGGUGCCGGUCCUGCGCACGCCGCCCACUUUGGAAUGUACGAGUUUGUGCGUGACAUUGCCGGAGGUCACCAGGAUGGAUUCCGUGGAGUGGGAGGAACAGCGCUGGCCGGUGCCAGUGCCACGAUCACCAGCGAUGCGCUCAUGAACCCGUUCGAUGGUAAGCUUGAACACGCAGACGUUAGCUGA